AAAUGUCAAUUUGACGUUCCUUUCUUUGAGUUUGGGGUUAUGUUUUUACACGUGAAAACUGGAAAGUGAAUAGUGAACAUUAAGUAAAGAAAAACUAUAAAAAUGGUACGACAUAACAAUCAGCUGCCCAACAACUUAACACAGUUGCAAAAUCUUAUAAAAAGAGACCCCGAGUCUUACAAAGAAGAAUUUCAUCAGCAACUUGCGCACUUCCAUACAACGUUGGAGAUAUUUUAUUUAAAUCCAACGCAAUAUAACAAGAAAUUGGAAGAGCAGGCGAUGUUUCUUGCACAAGUAGCACAAUGCUAUAUUAAUGAUAUGAAAACUUAUCCACAAAAAAUUGUGGAUAUUCUGAAAACACAUAACACUGUUUUACAUAAUGAGAUGAGAAUGGCUCUCUGUAAGUGCUUGAUUUUAUUGAGAAAUAAAAAUUUCAUCUCUCCCUUUGAUCUAUUGGAGCUAUUCUUUACACUGUUAAAAUGUCAAGAUAAAAAUUUGAGAGAGUUCUUAAAGACUCACAUCAUUACAGACAUUAAAAAUAUGAAUGCAAAACAUAAGGACAUGAAAUUCAAUACUUCUUUGCAAAAUUUUAUGUUUUCAAUGUUACGAGAUACCAAUGCUAAGGCAGCAAAAAUGUCUGUUGAUAUACUUAUUGAAUUGUAUCACAAAAACAUCUGGAAUGACCAUAAAACAGUUAACAUCAUUGCAGAUAUAGGAUGUUUCUCUAAAAUAACUAAAGUCAUGGUGGCUUCGCUUAAAUUCUUUCUGGGUAGAGAUGAGGAGGAGAAAAAGGAAGACUCUGAUAGUGAUGAAGAAGUAGACCCUCGGGACACCAUGAUAUCUAAUAAGUUUAAUAAGAAAACCAGGAAAAGAGAGAAAAUGGUAGAUAAAGUCAAAAAAAUUGCCAAGAAAAUUAAGAAGAAGAAAGAAAAAGCUCCUGCUUUUAAUUUCUCUGCUUUGCAUUUGAUUAACAAUCCUCAAGGCUUUGCUGAAAAACUGUUCAAACAAAUAGAGUCCUCUAAUGAGAGGUUUGAAGUCAAACUGAUGACCUUAGAUGUUAUAUCCAGAUUGAUUGGAUUACACAGCCUCUUCCUGUUCAAUUAUUAUCCAUUCAUUGCAAGAUUAUUAAUGCCACAUCAGAGAGAGGUGACAAGAAUUCUGCAGUUUGCUGCCCAAGCAAGUCAUGAACUGGUCCCACCUGAGGUGAUAGAACCAGUCAUGAAAGCAAUUGCUAAUAAUUUCAUAACAGAAAGAAAUUCAACUGAUGUAAUGGCUGUUGGUUUGAAUGCUGUCAGAGAAAUUUGCACACGGUGUCCUUUGGCAAUUAAUGAAGAUCUUCUCAGGGAUCUAGUACAGUACAAAAACUACAAGGAGAAAUCUGUUAUGAUGGCGGCAAGGUCACUAAUUCAACUAUAUAGGCAGUCCAUGCCUACUCUUUUACAUAAAAAAGACAGAGGGAGGCCCACAGAAGCAUCAGUAGAACUGAAAACUAAGAAAUAUGGUGAAAUGGAAAUAAAAGACUACAUUCCUGGUUCAGAAGUUCUGUUGGAAAAGCAGACAGUUGAAGAAAAAGACAAAAAAGGAAAGGAUAAGAAAGGCAAAAAGGGUAAAAAAGGUAAUGACUCUGAUAGUGAUGAUUGGGUUGAUGUGGCAUCAUCAGAUUCUGAAAUAAAUAUAUCAGAUAGUGAUGAGGAUAAUGAUAGUGAUAAUGAAGAAGAGGUUGAAGAGGAAAGUGAAGAUGAGGAAGGUGAGGAAGAUAAUGAAGAUGAGAAAACAGCAAAAGACCGUGAUCCAUCUAAAGAUGAAGAACAAAAAGAAGAUAAUAUUGAAGACAGAAAAAUAUUAAAAGCGAAACGUAAAAACAAUAAACAAGAUAAAGAAGAAAAAAUUAACACAGCUAGAGAAAUUGCAAUGGGGACAAUAUUCACAGAUGAAGAUUUCAAGCGCAUUGAAGCUGCACAGGUGAAGAAACACAUUAGUGGCGUGAAAAGGAAGUCUGCAGUUAUAGAUGAAGAAGAGGAAGAGUCAGGGGAUCUUGUCAAAUUAUCAGCUAUUGAGAACAUUCAUAAAAAACGCAAACAUGAUAAAAGUGCAAGGCUCGAAUCUGUAAUGAAAGGAAGAGAAGAAAGGGAUAAGUUUGGUUAUAAAGAUAGAAGGAAAAAUAUUCACUGCUCUAAGACUAAUAGGGAGAAAAGAAAGACCAAGAGCUAUCAAAUGGUUAAACAUAAAGCUAAGGGUAAAGUUAAGCGAUCAUUCAAGGACAAACAAAUUGCUUUUAGAAAUUAUUUAAUCAAACAAAAGAAAAUGCGUUAAAAAAUUAUGUAUUUCAAGUAGUAUAUAACUGUAUAAGAAAUAAAAUUAAAUAUUAAGUAA